AUGCCUUCCGUCUACCCACUCAGAAGAAACCCGUCUCAAGCGUCGCAGCAUACAUACACCCACAAGGUAAAACGUCCCGUUGUCGAAGUACUCGAUGAGAUUAUUGCAAUCACUGUAGCCAAGCAUAAAGACUUCUCUCGCAUCGCCAACAUUUCCCUUGCCUCCUAUGUGCUCCGCCAAAUCGCCCUCAGACACUUCUUCGCGAUGUUCGCUCCUGUAUCAAGCCGGCACUGGUCUCGCUGCUGUCAAAUCCCAGGCAUAUUCUCCUGGGUCCGCAAGCUGAAGUGUACCACCGACGUACUGACGCUGCAACCCACUCUGCUGCUGAAAUUGCUGAACCUGCAAGUCGUCGAGCUCGACUUCUUGCCCGACGGACUUGCCACUCAGGCUCAGCGUGUCAAGCUCCUACUCAGCCUCCUGCCGGCGACUCUCACGGAACUGAGACUGCUCAACGUACCUCGGAUCGACACGCAUAUACUCGGUCUAGUCGCUGCUCAGUGCCCUGCUCUGGAGACUCUGGACGUGACGUGUAUCGGGCGUUUCGACGAAGGUUGUUGCUGGCUCUGCUUCGAGGAAUCGUCAACCUGCAUUAUCCAUUCGCCGAUCCCGGACGUGUACCCCAGCAUCAAGGAACUCUCGGUAGCUUUUGGAACAGCCCUGAAGCCUCUGCAGCGCCUACAGCAUGUCUUCCUCGGUAUUUUGCUCUCCAGCUCGGAUAUUUUCGACGCCCACUUCCAGCACCGCUUUGGGCCCUACAUCAUGUACAGCGACGGGCCAAUUGGCCCCGACGGCUGCGGACUCUGCGUGCAAAACCACGCCUUGCUGGUUCGGCAGGACGAGCUCAUCGCAGGCGCUAUGAUCGCAAGCAUCCUGCCGUCUCUGCAGACGAUCUCCUGGAGCACGUGGUUCGCGCGGGAGGAGGAAGGAGACGAAUCGGACGAUAGACUCACCACGGUCUGGAUCCGUAGGGCCGAUGGCGUGAUACAUGCACGAAGGGAACCUUGGUAG